GCGCACUAAUUGUAGGUUUAACAGGCAGUUUCAGUGUAGGGCCUGUCUGAGUUGCAGUUGUGUUCGAGUUGUACUCUUCGUAUCAUUUAUAUCAAAAUGUUGACACUUCGUAGACUUUUACAGGUUGGCCAGAAGGGUACGCGGGUAUGGCGUCGAGGAUGCGCUGGCUCUCCAAUUCCCACUGACGACAUAAUUAAUGGACUGACUGAGGAGCAAAUGCAGCUUAGGCAAACAAUACAUCGAUUUUGCCAGGAGCAGCUUGCCCCUAAGGCCCAGGCCAUUGACAGAGACAAUGAAUUUAAAGACAUGAGGAAUUUUUGGAAAAAGCUCGGAGACCUUGGGGUCCUUGGAAUAACAGCUCCUGUUGAGUUUGGGGGCUCAGGAAUGGGCUAUCUGGACCAUGUUAUUGUCAUGGAGGAAAUUUCUCGUGCUUCAGCUGCUGUUGGCUUAAGUUAUGGUGCACAUUCAAACCUAUGCGUUAAUCAGCUGGUUCGAAAUGGCAGCCAUGCCCAAAAGGAAAAGUAUCUGCCCAAGCUUUUAAAUGGCGAGUAUAUUGGUGCUUUGGCCAUGAGUGAACCAAACUCUGGCUCUGAUGUUGUCUCCAUGAAGUUGCGAGCAGUGCAUAAAGGUGAUUAUUAUGUGCUAAAUGGCAAUAAGUUCUGGAUCACUAAUGGUCCUGAGGCAGAUGUUCUAAUUGUAUAUGCCAAGACAGAGCCCAGUGCCAAGCCCAGCUCACAUGGUAUCACUGCCUUUAUUGUAGAAAAGGGUAUGCCCGGGUUUAGCACUGCACAAAAACUAGACAAGUUGGGAAUGAGAGGGUCCAGCACCUGUGAGCUCAUCUUUGAAGACUGUAAAGUCCCUGAGAAAAAUAUGCUGGGCCACUUGAACAAAGGAGUUUAUGUGCUGAUGAGCGGUUUAGACUUGGAACGACUGGUGUUGUCAGCUGGGCCCUUAGGGAUCAUGCAGGCAGUCCUUGAUCAUUCCAUUCCAUACAUGCAUGUGAGAGAAGCAUUUGGACAGAAGAUUGGUCACUUUCAGCUGUUGCAAGGUAAAAUGGCAGAUAUGUACACGCGCCUGAGUGCAUGCCGGCAGUAUGUAUACAGUGUCGCUAGAGCUUGUGACAGAGGACACUUCAGUGCAAAGGACUGUGCCGGAGUCAUUCUUUAUGCAGCCGAAUCAGCGACUCAAGUUGCUUUAGAUGGCAUUCAGUGUCUCGGUGGAAAUGGCUACAUCAAUGAAUAUCCAAUGGGGCGUUUUUUACGAGAUGCAAAACUGUAUGAAAUCGGAGCUGGUACCAGUGAAAUCCGAAGGCUGGUCAUUGGCAGAGCAUUUAAUGCAAUGUUCAAGUGAGCUGUUAUGCCCCAGCAGUCUAUAGGAAACAAAAGAUACUUUUGAAAAUUCAUUGAAAUAUAUUGGGCUUUAAAGUACACGUUAGAAACACACAAAGCACGUACCCUUGUGAUUCUCAAUAGAUUUUCUAAUUAUGGUAUGUUAUAACCAAGAAGUGAUAUUAUGAGCCUGUCAAAAGUACAGAGUUUGAUUUAAUUAGCUCUACUUGUACUAUUUCAUCACAGUCCAUAUAUAAUUAAACUGGUUGCAGCAAA